UUAUUUACUUAUAAGCUGCACACCACAAGAUCAUCGCCGAGCAAUGCAUUCUAGAAAAGCGAGAAACCGGAGUGAACCGAAGAAGGACAUUCCUUUCCAGUCAAUGCCAAAUCUUUCGUUAGAGCCGUAUUGCGAGAGCGAGUCAUCCUUAAAUCCGUAUGCCUUGGAAUUUGUGCCAUCAUUUAUGAAGAGCGGUGAAAUCAGUUCGAAAAAGAAGCAGUCGUUCGCUCAGAAAAUGAAAACGGCGACAACCUCAACGACAACAUUAACGCAGCGUAAGUUGCCUUGCGGAGAUGCAUCCUAUUUGCAGGCCCAGCGGCAGCUCUUUGAGCUGAUGCAUCAGCUGGGCGAGAAGCUUAUGCCGUUGAAGGCGAUAAAGGUGAGUCUGGCGCCAGACGGCCAGGGUAUCAAUGUUCAGUUUAAGGCUGAGCACGGAUCAACCGGCAAGCAUAUGCUGGACGAGAGCCUUUGCCAAGAUGCGGCCCUUCAUUUGGAGCUGAGCAAUCGCUGCUCCAUAUCCCGAAGGCUGCCCAAUGUGUUGGCCGCCAAUUUCAUGGCCCGUAUGGGGGAAGUCCUCAAAGAUAAAAUGGAGUGGAAUGAAGACAGCCAAAAGACAACCGCACACAAAUUGCAGGAGACUAAACGCAAGAUUCACACCACUUCCGUUAGCAAGGACACUCAUCAUUCACAUCAAAUAGAUUUAAGCACUACCACAGCACUAGUCAGUGAUAAGUUCACCACGAAUCAAUUGACGCAGGAGCCAUUCGAUCGCAAUGGGGUCGUGACCAGCUUCUCAAGACUGUGCAAUGCCACCACCCCUCAGCAAAACAUCUAUUCGAAUAAUUUGAUGCCAGGAACUUCAAGUACUGAAGAGGAGCCAAAAUUCGAAAAAAAUUUAAUUGGCGAAAUCCUCACGCCCCGAAAAGGAUUGGGUCAUGUAGCAAAGAAAUGCCUAACUGGCUCUCAGAAACGUGUUCCACGUAGCACUUUUACCUCUCAAAUGCGCCAAUUGCAGAUACAAAAGCGCUUGACUAUGCAGAAGCCAUUUAAUAAUAAUUAAGUACUCGGUGAAUAAAUUGAUCUGCGAAUUCAUUUUACUUACAAGAUCUUUCUUCUGACGAAAGCACUUUAUUA